UACGUAUACUAUUUAGACAGCGUAUGAUUUCCUAAAUUCUACGGUUGAUAAGGCUGUUCAUCUCGCGUGACGGUUCGCCCGCGCUAUAGCCGGCUGACUAUGGGGAUGGAGAAUGAUACUCACACGAAGUGUGAAGGCUAAAUUCGCGGCUGAGCGACGAUUCGGACACGAAAGUUGCUCGUACCUAUCCGAAAAUGAAUCAUAACUGCUGAUUUAAAGAGAAGGAAAAUGCGGGGACAUGCGAGGAGCUCCAGACUCUUGUUAUCCUCGGACUUAGAUGCUAUAGAUUUUUUUUAAUUCUUCAGUUUAGUGAGCUGUAUUUUCACCUGCCCUUACCCGUUAAAUUCCGCAAACUAUUUUACAGUAUUCUAAAUCUACCGGGGAUCAGUCGCAGUACUUCGAUGGGGGCUGUUGUUUAUAAUUUGCGCAUGUCAAAUGUCGUGAUUAUCUGAUUGUAGGCUAUUAAUUCAACUACUGAAUAUCAGUGAGACAGACACCAGAGCAAUCCAAGGAGCGUAAAUGAGAAGCGCAAGUAACUUACCGUGCCUAUUACAGGAGACUGCAACCUGAUUCAUGCGAUGCGAGACUAUGUCGUUCUAACGUUUUAAACGCAAAGGGAAUAACUGAUGCAUACGCAACACGAAACAAUGUUCAGUGAAUUUAGUGGAUUUUAGUGGAUUUUCUUCAUUCCACGACACUGGGAUUAUUUUAGUCCACUGCUCACAGCCUGUUGAAAACCAUUACCCUUUGUCACAUCAGUCCAGUCAAGGUCACUGUUCCUGCUCCCACCUCCCGCCCAGCCUUAAACACCAGACAGUUACUCUCCUGUUGACACUAUACAAUGGAGAGCCUGAGUGAGCUGCAGAACCCGCUCCUGGAGAAGAACAGCAAACACGUGGUCAAGGCUGACUAUGGCUACAGGAGUGGCUACCCAGGGAGUCAGUACCAGGAGAACAUCAUCAACUACUUUGUGACGAGUGGCGGAGGUGGGGGUGGGGGUGGAGGAGGGGUCGGGGAAGGCGUAGGCGAGGCUGGCGUUCCGGUGGGAAAUGGCAAGGCUAAAGCCCAGCUUCUGGAUGCCACCUCGCUACACCUAGCUGUGGAGGCUUUCUACAAGCCCAACCUCAUCCUUUACAAGGAUGAGGUUACAGUCAAGGGCAAGGACUACAAAAGUGAGUGCUGCGAGACUACCUUCACAGAAAAGAAGGAGAAGGAGACUGCGCCGGAGACUGCUGGCACGGAAGAGCCACAGGCCAAGUUACUGGAUGAAAAUGAGGCAAAGAUUCAGACGGUUUCUUACGAAGUGGAGGAGGAGGAGUAUGUAGAGUAUGAGACGGACUGCUCCAGCGACAGCGAGAGCGAGGAUAACUUCAUCGUUAUUCCACCCCGAGAUCACCUGGGCCUCGCCAUCUUCUCCAUGCUUUGUUGCUUCUGGCCUCUGGGCAUCGCAGCCUUCUACUUCUCUCAGGGGACCAGCAAAGCCGUGACAAAGGGGGACUUUCCACUGGCUAGCAUCGCCUCCCGAAGAGCCCUCUUCCUCGCUGCCCUGUCCAUCACUAUUGGGACGGGUGUGUAUGUAGGCGUGGUGGUGGCCCUCAUCGCCUACCUCUCCAAACCAGGUCACAUAUAGCAGGGUCCUUAAAAGACCAGAAAACCCUUUCAGAUUGCAGUUAUGCGUAAUGCCUCUGAACCUUAGGCUUAUUUCCCCUUACGCACAUAUCCCUCCCCUUGGACUUUUUGUCAUCCCUGUAUAGAGAGAGAGAGAGACAGAAAAAGAAUGGGAGAGAGAUAGAGAGAGAGAAAGAGAAAGAGAGGGAUGAAGCCAGAGAGGACAUAUGGGAAAGCUGGGAAACGCUUCAUCAAAACUGCGCCUGAGUGAAUGGAAUGCGUGUGCAAAAACAGCUUCAAUGUUUUGCAUAGUUGCCGAAGUUAUUGCACUUCAAACAAACAGAAAUUGCAUGGCAAAACAAGGCAUCCAGUUAAGCAAAUCCAGAGGCAAACCAUUCCAAAGGACACGACAUAAGGAUUGAAAGGAAACCUAAGUGUCCUUGGAUUUGUUUGUUUUUUUGUUUGUUUUUCCCUCUACAGCCAAGCUCCAUUUUAAACCAGAAGAGAUUCAUAUCCCUGUUUUUAUUAACUUACAUAAAGCAUCAUCACUGUCUAGGGUUCAACAAUAGAUCAACAAUGAUUCACCGCUGUUCUAAGAUGGUGUAUCUGCGUCUCCCCGUCCAAUCUCAAAAACAUUUCUGAACAAUACUGACUGAAGCUUGAAAAGUCAAAUCCUCUUAUGUGUUUAUUCUCCUAAAGGUUAACAGAGCCUAAUACUGAAACCUGAUUCAUUAUGGUUUUAAACCAUAGAGGAAAAAAGAGAGAUAAACAUCAUGCUUGGCUGUGCACCCUUGUGGUUUAAAAUCCAGUAUUCCUUCUUGAGAGAAAUACAUAUGAAAACAGUCUCUGAUGGUUUCCAUGCACUUCCCACUUAUUUUAGGGCUCGUGCAUCAUCUUUUGCAUUCUUUGUUUCCCAUCACUCUGAUCAAAGCCCAAAGCUCUAGGAUUUCCACUCCUCUGCCCAUAGGAUGCCUGUCCCUUCUUGAAAAAGACUGGGAAGAAGAAUCAGUGCUUUGAAUCCUGACCACCAGAACAACAACAGUAAACAAAAAAGGAUACACCAUGCUGUCCUCCCUCCCACAUAUCUCGGAACGUCUCUGCCUGAUUUCGUCAGAAUGUCUUGAGCUUCUGUCAGUGUUGUUCCAGCUCCAGCAAUGAGAAUAGAAAGAAGUAGGACUGGACUGGCAUAGAGACACAUUCAGAUUCUAUUUUCAGAUGUUUCUUAAGAACAGUGUGAUGUGUGGUGCUUUAACACACAGUUGUGGUUGAUUUGAGCUGACAAUGCUCACACUGAUCCAAGGAAGUAUGAAGUAAUAUAUAUCUAUAUAGAUGAAGUUACCACUUUCUCAGCGGGUUGUGGGAAAAAUGUGCUUCGUUUUCAAGUCAUAAAACAUCUGAUUGAAAUGCUUAAUAAUGUAUUGCAUGGCUCCAGGCAAGGCUCUAGUGGAGCAUAUAAAUCAGCACAAGGAGGAUGCAGUGGUCUGAGGCUGGCUUUCCCACAGCAAAACCAACUCAGCUUGACUUUGGUGUGUAAAGAAAGUAUCAUGUGCUAAACUUCAACAUGCUGAUACAAGCUCUCAAACUGGUCCAGUGUUCCUGUUUUAGCCAGAACAGAAAUAACAACAUUAAUUUGUUGCUUCAGCUCUGUGGUAAACAAACAAGAUGAUUACCAUAUCCAUCAAAUGUAGGUUUCACAAGAUUUAGCUGUAAAGGAUUCAACUAUGACAUCUGGAUCCAGUAAUUCCACUGUGGAACUGAAAGAGAUAGUGAUAGAUUUGGUUGCACUAAGGGCCAAGAAGGAAUAUGUAGGAAUAUAUAUUACAUUCUACCUCAUAAUAAAUUCCCCCAGGUCUCUGCAGUUAUUUGAUUCACAGGAUGAAAAUGUCUUGUCCCUCAAAUGAGAGAGUUGGUACCAUACCAAUGGUUUCUAUUGAAAGAAGCAAAAUAUUUUACACAGAGCUUGACUCGAGGUAUCCAUCUAAAGGACAGCAGUCUGCAUCAUGUAUAAGGCACUCCUCUAGUGAUUAUACUCAGUAUAUGGCCACAUGUAACACACCAAAGGUGAUAUGAUUAAUCAUUGUGAAAAACCUGGGCAAAUGUCUCAAAUUUAAUUAUACUAUAGCAAAAAUAAUUUCGGUUAGGACUUUUUGUUCACAUCUGUGCCAGAUAUUUUACUAUACUUCUUAGACACUUCUAAAAUAAGUGGCUUAUGGUAGUCUCAGUGGGCCUUCCAAGCUUCAUGUGGUUGUGUCCUUACAAAACUGACAACAUGCAGUGCAUGCUGAACUAUGACAGGUAACCAGUUAAGGCCCCAUGGUGCUAAAGACUUAUAAAUCUAGUCUGAAAACAGCAGCAUCUGACUAGGACAAAUCAUUAUGCAUGACUUUGGUACUUCAUAUCAAUCAGAUUUGUUGAAACUAUGUCCUUACCUAAUUUUGUUGGUAGCAGGUCUAGUUUGAAAUAGUUUGAUCUGUGCUAUAUAUAGAAAACUACUUCUUUUGCACUCAAAAGCUUUGGUCAUGCAUGUCAGCUGGCACAAUUAACUUCCACCGUAGCCCAGCCAUCAAACUAAAGGAACCUGCUGAAAGGCAGCAUCAGAACAUACAUGAAAACAAAUUUUUUAGGUUCGAAAUGCCUGCUGGUCCAAUUAAAGGAUAAUGGCUCAAAAUGUCCCAACAUGUUGAAAGUAUUUGUUAUCGAACUCAAGACAUUUACUAUCUACCCUACAUGGACAAACACUAUCUGAUGGUAUUUAUCACCACUCCAUAACAUGCCAAAUGUGACCAUGUCAUGACAUGCCAGGUAAAUAGCAGAAUGCAUAGAUUGCUUGUUGUGACCCUUAAAAAUCCAGUCUUUUAAAGGAGGAUGCAUGAUACAAAGCAUUGAGCCUCUACAGGUCUCUAAAGGCCUGUGAUUCACAGCUAAGCUCCGUUGAUGUUGCUGCAAAAAGCAGGUUUCAGCGAAUGGACUUCCACUGUGUCCACUGAAGCAUUCAAAGCUAAGAUUAGACACUUACAGUUUGACUGCACCAGCCAUGCAUUAGUCAUACCUGACAUUUACGCUUUACAAUUAGCUUCCCAUGAUGGUGGUUUCGAAGAGAGCUGCUGCUCUGUGGAGCAUAGUUGGAAAUAGCACAACACAGUUAUUCUUAUGAAAAGCACUUGUGCUGUGGUGAUCAAGCAGAUACACGUGACUUGUAUUUGUUUUGCAUUAAACAACAGAGGGACUUAAUUUGGACCUAUUUGAAUUUAAAUAUUGUGUUAUGUGUUCAUUUCGUUUAGUUUUAAAGUGUUCCUAUGUCUUUUUGUCUGAACACUUUUUAUGUUUUAUGGUGACUUCUCCCAGCGGAUGCAGUGGUGAUAGGUCUAUUCUAUGUUAGUGAAUAGUCUUCUUGAUAUGACCAACACUGUAAUUAAGUCGUGUACUGUAUGUUUGACAUUUGGAGAUUUUCAUGGCAAAUAGCAAUCCGCAUUGUGUUCUGUUUGGUGUCAUUCAAAUGAUGUGUUUCUAAGGCUAUUGAGGUAACCUGGUAUGGAACAGUGUUAAACAACAAAUGAAAGUGUGUUGAGAUAAUUUCCUUUUAUCAAAAUAGACAAAACAUUGACAGAAGAGAAGAGUUUACAAAAACAUGAUAAUACUGGGCUGAUUGUGUUAUGUAAGUAUUGUUUAAUCUCUUUUAUGGCCAGAAUGUGCUUGUCAUAAUGUGAGUUAACAAUGUGUAAAUAUUGCUAAUAAGUUCUAAAAAGAUGCAGUAUAAAAUAAAGUUU